GUUUGCUACUCCGGCGCCACUUCUCCAACUUCUGCUGUCUGCUAACCAUAGACCGAGAACUUAGCAAAAAUGAACCUGGAUACAAAGACAGCACUGAUAUACGAUGAGGAGAUGACACAGUACAAGCUGCUCUGGGUUGACCCUGCCUGUAAGAUUGAGGUCCCUGAACGCCUCACAGUGAGUUAUGAAGCUUUGAUGAAAACUGGCCUGGCUGAUCGCUGUGUUUCUGUACCUGUUCGAGAAGCCAUAGAUGAAGAUAUUCUUCUUGUUCACAGUGAGGACUAUCUGGAGGCAGUGAAGCAGACCCCUUAUAUGACUCUUGAGGACUUGCAGGAGUUUACACUGCAAUAUGGGGACGUCUACUUUCACCCAAACAUCUAUCACUGUGCCAAACUGGCCGCAGGAGCCACUCUGCAGCUGGUCGACAGUGUAAUGACCGGGAAGGUGAGGAAUGGCAUGGCUCUGGUCAGACCUCCAGGACAUCACAGCAUGUGUAGUGCUGCCAAUGGUUUCUGUGUGUUCAAUAAUGUAUCAAUAGCUGCAAAAUACGCAAAGCAAAAAUAUGGAAUUAAAAGAAUAUUGAUAGUCGACUGGGAUGUGCACCAUGGUCAAGGUGUGCAGUAUUGCUUUGAGGAAGAUCCCAGUGUGUUGUACUUCUCAUGGCACCGUUAUGAGCAUCAGAAGUUUUGGCCUAACCUCAGGGAGUCUGAUUAUGACACUGUUGGCAAAGCAAUGGGAGCUGGAUUCAAUAUAAACGUGCCAUGGAACAAGGUGGGGUUGGAGAAUAGCGACUACCUGUCUGUCUUCAUACAUAUGCUGUUGCCAGUUGCAUAUGAAUUUUGCCCAGAACUGGUGUUUGUGUGUGCUGGUUUUGACACGGCCAUUGGUGAUCCAGAGGGUGAAAUGUGUGCUACUCCUGAUGUCUUUGCCCAUCUCACUCACCUGUUGAUGAAUCUUGCAAAUGGAAAAGUGUGUGCUGUUUUAGAGGGAGGAUAUAAUUUGAAAUCUCUGCCUCAGUCUGUGUGUGAGACAGUGCAAACUUUACUUGGGGAUCCAUUGCCUCAACCUGCAAACCUCACAGGUCCCUGCAAAAGUGCCCUUGAGUCUCUACACUGCGUUAGGGCCACUCACCGUAAUUACUGGUCUUGCCUCAAGCAUGCAGCUGACCUACCCUCUAAUGAACUAAGCACAAAGCGUGUUAAAUUAGCUGAAGAUGAAAAUCCCGUAGAGAAGAAUGAAGAGGAGAAAGAGGCAAAGGAGAUUGUUUGGCCAGAUCCUCUUAAACGCACCAGUCCUAGUGUUCGAACAGCUGUGGUGGUCCCUGAAGGUAUCACAUGUCCAGAGGGAUGUCAGCUCUUUUGUCCAUCUGAGGAUCCUGACCCCAACCUAAUCAAACAACUACAGGAAAGCUUGGGCAGAGACACAGAUGAUCUGACAACACUCUCCACUCUAAUUGCGCUAAUGGACCAAAUGGAGAAGAACAGGAUCCGCAGUGGCCUGGCUCUAGUCCGCGAUGUUUCCAUGACGAUGAACUGUAUUGUCCAACAUGCUGCAUCAUCGUCCUGCAACCGGAUAUUGAUUGUGUUUCUUGGUGAUGAGGUGGUGAAGAAUAUAACAGAAGAUGGGAAAACGAUGCUUGUGCACCUAAGUAGCAAUAGUUUAGAGUCAGAGAUGACCAAAUAUUACAUUCCAGUGUGCUUGAAAAAGGGCUGCAGUGAUGUGUCCGGACUGAUCCAUGCUGUGCUGAGCCUCCUCUUACCUCUGGGUUAUGAGUUUGACCCUGGUCUGGUUCUGUUGGUGCAGACUCCAGACUGUGGAGUCAGUGAAAACACUUGGCAGCAGCUCACAGGGCUUUUACAGGCUCUGGCACAGGGACACACGCUGGUACUCAUGAAGGAAAGUGACCAGACCAGUGUAGCCCCCACAGUGUCCUCUCUCCUGGGCACUCCGGCUCCAUCUCUGGGUCCUCUCUCUGCUCCUGGAUCAGAUGAUGUGGAGGUUCUGGAAAGACUGAGACUCAAACUGCAGCGUGACUGGAAACUACUACAGACAACAGUUUCAGAAAUAAAGUGUGAUGAUGAUGGAUGACACACUGCCAAAAUUAAUCCAAGAAAAAAAAAAACAUUUCUCCUUUUACACAGGAUUUUUAUUUUAUCAAUGCAAUGGAAAGCUAUUUGUGCUUGAAGUAUUGGUGAAAUUUUGUGACUUUUCAACAAAAUAAAUAGAUAUAUUCACA